CGUAUUUCCAUUGAUUUAUUUAUCAAUUUGAGCAAUGUCAUCAAAAUACAAAUACAAUUUUCUUUCAUUUAUUUUUGUGUAUAAAUUAUAACAGUAGCAUCUUGCUUUCCUUUCUUUCUAAUACAACACUGUAUUUUCAUUUUUUUCUCAUAAUGCUUUGAAAAUUUUACACAAUUACAACAUUCUACUUUGAAAGUUUUUACAGAAAUAAACUGAAGUAAAGUUGUAAAAUAAAUAAACAAAUGAAAAAAGUAUGUUGCUAUUUCUUGCAUUAUUUUGUAGUGACAAACCUUUCUAAAUGAUUAAGAAAACUUUCAGAUUCUACUUUAGAUUAAUUGGCAUGCUAGUUAUCUUUAAUAGAUCUGUAAGUUAGUAAUACAUUUUAGUUUCUAUCUCAUAUACAAUGUUUAGAUUAACUUAUUGCUUAAUUUAACAACCCCACCUGAGUUUUCUAUUUCACUGUCAUUAUACAUUUAUGCCAUUUUCAGGAAAUUUUCUUUUACCAGAUCAUAUGGAUAAGUCUUGGAUGAAUAUAGUUCAAAGGAUGAAGGACCCAAGAUAUGAGUUGGGUGUAAAUGAAUUCCUUAAUUUUGCAUACCGCGAUAGAGAAGUGUUGUCAAAAGUUCUAUGCCCUUGCAAAAAAUGCAAUAAUUUUCGACAUCAUAACCGAACAGCUAUAUUCUCACAUUUGAUGCAAAUAGGAAUUGUUGUUAGUUAUGUUAGGUGGAUAUAUCAUGGUGAGUCAUAUGAUACAUCGGAUGAUGACAUAUCAAUGGAUGAAGUUGAUGGGGCUUGUGAUGACUUAAAUGAUGAUGACCUUGAUGAGAUGUUAAAUAACAUAGGUCAAAGUAACUGGGGUGAUAAUUGGCAAGCUAGUGGUGAUUCCUCAUGUACCAUAGACAAGGAUUUAGAAGGCCUCUGAAGAUUGAUGGAUGAAGCGCACCGGGAACUUUAUGAAGGGUGUCAAAGUUACUCACAAUUUUCGUUUAUUGUUACAAUUUUACAUAUAAAGACAACAAGUGGUUGGUCCAUCAAAUCAUUUGAUGCUUUGCUUGAUAUAUUUAGAAAAGCCUUGCCAACUCCAUCAUUAGUCCCAAAAAAAUUUAUGAAGCAAAAAAAUACAUACGUGAUUUGGGUUUUCAAGGAGAAAAAAUUCACGCAUGUGUUAAUGACUGUGUUCUUUAUCGAAAACAAUAUGCGUCUCAUACCCACUGUCCAAAUGACGACUGCAAGGAGCCUCGAUUUAGCGGAAAUGAUUUAAGCUUCCAUAUUGGGCUAAACUAAAAUUGAGACACAACACUGAUAUCAUGCAUGUUGUUAAGAAUGUGACAGAAAGCUUGACCGCCACAUUGUUCAAUAUUAAGAAUAAAACAAAGGACACAUGGAAAUCUCGCAAGGAUUUAAUGGAUAAAGGAUUAAAAAAGAGCUUACAUUUACAACCAGAUGGCAAUUCAUUUAUAAUGCCUAUGGCUUGUUACCAUUUGACAAAGGAAGAGAAACAAAAGAUAUUAGAUUUCUUGAAGUCACUUAAGUUCCCGGAUGGAUUUGCCUCGAAUAUAUCUAGAUGCAUUAAAGGGGGGGGGGGGGGGGGGGGGGGGGGACUUCCAGCUGUCACGCAUGAAAAGUCAUGACUUUUAUGUUUUCAUCCAACGGUUGUUGCCUUUAUCAAUUAGGGGUUGUUUGAAAAAGGAAGUUCGACUUGUGUUGUACGAACUCAGCGAGUUUUUCCAAAAAUUAUGCACACGAAGUAUAUACCUAGAUGUUUUAGAAGAACAAGAGGAAAAAAUUAUUCUCAUAUUAUGUAAGUUGGAGUGGAUAUUUCCUCCAUCAUUCUUUGACAUCAUGGUUCAUCUUUUGAUUCAUUUGCCAUAUGAAGCCAAGAUCGCAGGCCCACCUCAAUACUGUUGGAUGUUCCCUUUUGAGAGGAAAAUGGGUACUUUAAAAGGAUAUGUCAAGAAUAAAGCUCAUCCAGAAGGAUGUAUUGCUGAGAGAUACAUAGACAAGGAAUGCCUGAAUUUUUGUUCUAUGUAUUUGAAUGAUGUUGACACGCUUUUCAAUAAGGUUGAGCGCAACAAUGAAAUGAUGGAUAGUGAUGGUGAAAUUUCCAUUUUUUCAUGCAAAGGGCGCCUAUUAGGUAGUCCAAAAUCACAGGAUUUGAGUGAAAAUGAAUUGGAGAAGAUUCAUACAUAUAUUCUAAACAAUUGUGAUGAAAUAAAGGAACUAAUAACUUCACACAAAGUUGAACUAGAGGAAGAAAAUGCUGACAAUGUAAAUGAACGUCAUGAAAAACAAUUUGCAUCAUGGCUUCGCCAACGUGUUAAUUCUUGGCCAAAGUUGUUUGAAUACGAAACUCAUAUAUUGUCGCAUGGGCCAUCACGUUAUGUCAACAAGUAUAGUGGAUGUUUGGUCAAUGGGUAUAGGUUCCACACACAAAGUCGUGAGAAGAAUCGGAAAACUCAAAAUAGCGGAGUUGUAGUGCAAGGUGUUCAUGGGGAAAACAUUAUUGAUUUUUAUGGGAUAUUACAAGAAGUGUUAGAAAUUGAAUACUUGGGUGAAAAUAAAAGAGUGUUAGUAUUCAAGUGUGAUUGGUUUAUGGUCGGUGAUAAGAAAGGGCUAAGAAUUGACAAAGAAUCCAAAGUUAGAAGUGUGAAUACAUCCAAAAAAUGGUACAUAGAUCAACCAUACAUACUUGCAUCACAAGCCAAACAAGUUUUUUAUGCUCCUGAUUUAAAAUUGGGCAAAAAUUGGUAUGUGGUUCAAAGUAGUUCCCCUCGUGCAUUGUAUGAUGUUCAUGUAAUGAUGGAAGAAGUACAUCAAGAACAUGAGCCACAUCUAAAUCUAAAUAUUGAUUUGAAUAUGGACCAAUUAUCCUUAACAAGAGAUAAUGUCCCAUUGGAAGUGGUGGAUGCCUUAACCAUUGCAUUGCAUGAUAUAUCUCAAAAAACAUGUACAAAGGCAAGUACAUCAAUGACAAGAGCCCGUUCUUAGUAAAAGCAUCUUCAGAGUUGCAUCAGUUGAAAGAAGAUUGCCUUUAGUGAAAAGUUAUGUCGGGAAUGACUCCUAAAAGAUUAUCUGGAAGACCAUUUGUAUCUGUUCGAACGCGAACAGGACAAGUUGUGCCACCUACUGGCAACACACUCAGUCAAAAUAGGUUUACAAAGGAUAUUGGACAUGUAAAUAAAGAUAUGGGUGGCCAAAAGGAGGCAUCUAACCUUCGUGAUGAAAAAAAACAUCGGGGAAUAGAGAAGCCAAGUCAAUAAAAGUUGAAGAAUACUAAUUUUUCAAAGAUGAUAGUUGGCCCUGGAAGAGGGGUAUUGGAGAGAUCUAAUCUCAUGUUGCAAGAUGAAGAGUUGCCUACUUAUGAAACAAUGGAGUCACUUUCUCCCUAUCAAAGUCAUAUGAGAAAAGUUUCUAGUUUGAACCACGAUGAGGAAGAUUUUGAAGAAGAGGAACACGAAGUUGAUUCUUUUCGAGAUGAGAACAUUGGUUCAACUUUUCAUG